GUCAUGGUCGAAUACGGUUGUAAUGUGGCCAACAAGUUUGGUUUCAUGUCAGAUGAUGACGAGUUUGAUGAUCCUCAAGAGUUGAUCAGUAGAGUGGCUCAACUCGAGGCCGAAAAAGCUGCUGCACAGAAGAAAGCCGAUAAACUUGCGAAGCAAAUCGCUGCCACACCAAAGGAAGCGGCUAAGCCGGCCGGUGAACGUGGUGGACGUGGUGGUAGAGGACGUGGACGUGGCGGAGUUCCCCGUACUGCUCGCCAAGAAGGGGAAUUUGCUGAUCGUUUCGGCGAGUCUCGUGGUACUCGUGGUUUCCGCGGAAUGCGUGGACGAGAGCGUCGUGGUCGUAGUGGACGUGGUCUUUUUAACGGAGAGCGAAGAGGGCGUAGAGGCUUACGCGGUGGACGUCAGUUCGAUCGUCAAAGUGGUUCAGUUCGCGCUGGUGUGCGUGGAGUUGAGAAAAAGGAGGGACAUGGACGUGGAAACUGGGGUGACGAUAAGGACGAACUUGCUGGUGAAACUGAACCGUUGCCAGCGGUUGAUGAGCCAGAAGCUCCACGAGAGGUACCAGUUGACGAACUUCCUAUGGAGUCUGUUGAGGUCGACACACAAAAAACACUGAAAGAAUUUUAUGGUUCUCGGAAGAAAGAAGCUCCGAAGUUUAAUGUACGUAAGGCAGGAGAAGGUGAAGAGAAGAAUAUGGGGAAGCUGGUUAAGCUACAGAAGGAGGUGGUUGUAGACAAAGAAGAGGAAGAGGUGUCAAUAAUACGACGUGAACCACGCGAAAAAAUCGUUCACAUCGACAUACAGUUUGCGGAGCCCAACCGCGGUUACCGUGGAGAGCGAGGCGAUCGUCGUGGUGAUCGCCCACCAAGAGGACGUGGUGGUACACGUGGGGGCGGGCGAGGCGCUCGUGGUGGUGGCCGUGGACAGGCGCCACCAAGUUUCGAUGCUUCCCUUGAUGCCUUUCCUGCUCUUGGUUCGAAGUGA